AUGAGUUCAUCAAAGAGAUCCCUGAAGGAGAUUCUGGAUUCUGAAUACGUCGAGGAGAGCGAUGGUGAUAGAGAAGGCAUGCUCGAUGGGGAACUGUCAGACGAUGAAGACAUGAACGAUCCAAAUAUGUGUAACGAGUGUAAGGAUAUGGCCACCGGAAUGAUAUGUAAUGACUGUGAGGAGAACUUCUGUGUAGUGUGCUUUGAGAUGUUGCAUAGAGGGGGUAAAAGAAGAGGUCACGAAUACGUGAAAGUAGGCGAGGAUGCCCAUAAUGAGUCCCAUGGUAGCAAUGGCGCCAAAUCAGAAUCUUUACCAGAGAAUGAAGAAGAUCAAAGAAAGCUUAUUGAGAGUCUGAACGGCGUAAAAGAGAAGGAUGAAGUUAAGAUCCAGUCAACUACGCUUGGCACAAACUCCAUUGAUGACAAACUCUUGGCAAUUCUUAACAAGAAUGCGUAUUUCGUUCCAAUGAGAUUGACCCCUGAUGAGAGGCACCUUCUGAGAUUACUUGAAGCGGCUUUACAAGUCUCUGAAUAUACCGAUCGUGUUGACAUUUUGUCAUACAAAUCGAAGGCCAAGAGAAUUGUAGAACAAUUGAAGGAAGUUUGUUCUGUCUUGUCUGGUUUAGUUGUUGCCUCUGAUAUGAAAAUCGGUAAGAAACUUCUUGAGAUGAAGAACUUUAGUGAUAAUGCCAAAUGGUUUCAAGAUAUCUUCGAGGUUGGAAGGCGUUACAAGAUCAUGAAUCCAGAGAGGAUGAGAGAUACUUAUGGGAAACUUUGUUAUAUGGUGAUGGACUCUCGCCUUCCUCAGAUCGAGGACCACAUGGAAUUUCAUUUAUUCAAACCUAUUAAAACUGUCCAUUCAUUCUUGAGUUCCAAACCUGAAGAUCAAGGGAAAGCAUUGGGUAUGCUGAACGAUAAAAUGGCACUCAUUGCGACAUCAAGUAUUACUCCGGCGGGCAAGACGAGGAACCAAAUAAACAGACUAAUCAAGCAAAAGGAGACCGCCAUAGAAAACUUAGCCUCGAAAUACCAUAGUAAGUACUACUCCAAGGAAGAUAUUCGUCAAGCCUUAUAUUCUAUCGGUGACUAUAACGCUUACAUCAAUAUCAAUAGACGUCCGAUCAUGAGAAUGCUCGAAAGACUUGAAUUGUUUCGCCAUCAGGAUGUUGCUGAAAAAUACUCUAUCGGAAUUCAGUACGGAAGAAAUGGUUCUCGUUUGACUCACGAUCAUGAAAGGCAGUGGCAUUACGUGCAACAGUCCUUAACUCUGUGGUCAAUCAUCCAGAGGGAGAUGGUCCAUUUGUGGUACUUAGCAGACAUCGAUCUUUUCGAUGGCACCCAAUAUAGGCUAGCAUCAACGGGACAUGGCUUAAACCGUAUCAAGACGUGUCCCGCCAUCUAUAAGGAGAUGCACAAGAUUAUAACUGAGUGCCGCUCCAAAACUAAGUCAUGGGUGGGAUCCUCUGUGGUUCAUCUAGGAGACGAUGCAGUCCCCAAUGCGCUGUUCUUCCUCGACAAAUAUACCCAAGUACCAUCAAUUUUAAUUCCGUUUGAUCAGACCCUAAUGAAAAUCAAUGAACUGGUCCAAAAUGAUGAAUUGCUAUUGGAAUAUAUCAACAAAGAAUAUGGGUCUGUGGAAGAUUUGAAGCUAACCAUCUUACAAGACGCUUUCGCACACAUGUUCGACGGUUCAGGUGCAGACAAUUUCUAUAUGAGCGGCUCCUGCAUUGAUGGCAGAUUGACAUCGGCAUGGAAUCACUGUAAUGAGAUUGCAAAGAAGAAGUAUUACAACAUUUUCUUACUAACUUCUUUUACAGGGUUUAAUGGCUCCGAAGGCUUUUCCUCUUGA